GCCAUUGCAGUCCAGCCUGAGCAACAAGAACCAAACUCAGUCUCAAAAAAAAAAAAAAAAAAUUUUUUUUUUUUUUUUUUAAGUAAGGUAGGCAUUGGGCGCAGUGGCUCAUGCCUGUAAUCCCAGCACUUUGGGGGAGGCUGAGGUGGGCCAAUCACCUGAGGUCAGGAAUUUGAGAUCAGCCCGACCAACAGAACAAAAUCCUGUCUCUACUAAAAAUACAAAAAAUGAGCUGGGCGUGAUGUUGUGUACCUGUAAUCCCAGCUACUUGGGAGGCUGAGGAAGGAGAAUUGUUUCAACCUGGGAGGCAGAGGUUUCAGUGAGCAGAGAUUGAGCCGCUGGACUCCAGCCUGGGUGACAAAGCAAGACUCCAUCUCAAAAAAUAUUGUAAAAAAUAUGCUACAACAAAAGUGAAAAAAUGUAAAAAAGAAUUCCAAGGACACAGGCUUUCUGGAUCCAAAGCCCUUUCACAGGGACGUCUUCUUCCCCUCUUGGGUAGGCCCAGGCUUUUUUCUGUUUUCAGUCAGAGUUUCGCCCCCGGCUGGAGUGCAAUGGGAUGAUCUCAGCUCACUGCCACCUCUGCCUCCCAGGUUCAAGCAUAUCUGCCUCCGCCUCCCAAGUAGUUGGGAUUACAGGGGCCUGCCACCACGCCCAACUAAUUUUUGUAUUUUUACAUAAAAUGGGAGUUUCACCACAUUGGCCAGGCUGAUCUCGAACUCCUGACCUCAGGUGAUCCACCUGUCUUGCCCUCCCAAAAUGUUGGGAUUACAGGCAUGAACCACCACUCCUGGCCCAGUCCAGACUUCUUAACGACCUGGACCCACUGUCUACAGACACAGUUCCCUCCAGUCCUUCCCAGCCAGAGUUCCACUCCAAUGGCCUUAUUCUGUCAGGGAGGAAUUGUUUACUGGGAUAGUUUGCAUGGGGUUGAAACUUCUAAAUUUGGGGUUUCUCCCCAACCCAGGUGUUUGGAUUACAUACAGAUUAUGGGUAAGCAAACAUUGGAUCCUCUCUUGUUUAGAUGGAGUCUCGUUUUAUCACCCAGGCUGGAGUGCAGUGGCGCAGUCUCAGCUCAUUGCAACCUCUCCUUCUCAGGUUCAGGCAAUUCUCCUGUCUCAGCCUCCGGAGUAGCUGGGACUGUAGGCGCCUGCCAGCAUGCCUGGCUAAUUUUUGUAUUUUUAGUAGAGAUGGGGUUUCACCUUGUUGACCAGGUUGGUCUCAAACUUCUGACCUCAGGUGAUGCACCUACUUCAGUCUCCCAAAGCGCUGGGAUUACAGGUGUGAGCCACUGCACCCGGCCUUCAAAACAUUUCUUUUUUAAUUUCUUAAUUAGGAUGGUAUUCAUAAUAUCAAAUACCAUGACACCCAUCUUGCCUACCCAGCUCCUGAAGGGUGGCUGAGCCAUUUGUUCCCAUAAGAAUAGGAGGUGCUGCAGCAAAUAUGUGACACCUGCUGCUUUCUCAGUUUUUUUUUUUUAUUUUAGAGACGGGGUUUCACUAUGUUGGCCAGACUAGUCUUGAACUCCUGAUCUUGGGAUCCACCCUCCUCAGGCUCCCAACGUGCUGGAAUUAUAGGUGUGAGCCACUGUGCUUAGAUUUUUUUUUUUUUGAGAUGGAGUCUCACUUUCACCCAGGCUGGAGUGCAGUGGUGCGGUCUCAGCUCACUGCAGGCUCUGCCUUCUGAGUUCAAGUGAUUCUCCUGCCUUAGCCUCCUGAGUAGCUGGGACUACAGGUACCUGCCAUCACUCUCGGCUAAUUUUUGUAUUUUUAGUAGAGAUGGGGUUUCACCAUGUUGGCCAGGCUGGUUUUGAACUCCUGACCUCAAAUGAUCUGCCCGCCUCAGCCUCUGAAAGUGCUGGGGUAAGAGGCAUGAGUCGCUGCGCCCAGCCCUGUGUUUGUUUUUUUAAAAAGCUGAUUACCAUCUACCAAAUUAAUUUUGUAAACCCACUGCUGUCUAUAUCCUGCAGUUUCAAAAACACUGCAAUAAAUAUCGGUACGAGGUAGCAGAAGUUUUCCCCUUAGCCCAGGCUGCCAGUCCUGGCUUCCUUCCCUUUGCCUCACAGCUGUGCCCUGAGCCUGCCUUGUGACAGCCAGACCCAGGCCAGCCCAGCACCAGCUGAACAGAGGAGCCACCAUGUAGCCGAGAGCCCCUGUGUAGUGCGCCAAGAGCUCAGGCUUCUGUAUGUGUCUCAGGCUUUCCCUGCAGGAGUCAUCAGGCAGCAACAAUGUGGAUUCCUUUUAUUUAUUUAUUUUUUGAGAUGGAGUCUCCCUCUGUCACCCAGGCUGGAGUGCAGUGGCGCAAACUUGGCUCACUGCAACCUCCAUCUCCCAGGUUCAAGCAGUUCUCCUACCUCAGCCUCCCGAGUAGCUGGGACUACACACAUGCACCACCACAACCCGCUUUUUUUUUUUUUGUAUUUCUAAUAUAGACGGGGUUUUACCAUGUUAGCCAGGAUGGUCUCAAUCUAACCUUGUGAUCCGCCCACCUCGACCUCCCAAUGUGCUGGGAUUACAGGCAUGAGCCACCGCGCCCAGCCCAAUGACUUGAAUUCUGUCCCUACUGCAACCCACAGCCCAACUAUGAGAAAGGCAGUAUUCUUCCCAUUGCUCAGAUGAGAAGCCUGAGGCUGAUCAGGGUAAAGUGACUAUGGAAUAAGGACAAACAGGACUGAUCCUCCUUUAGAAAUCAGAAUGUGGAGGCUAUGUUCUCCCCCCAUCUUCGUUCCCUGAGCGGCUUGACCAGAGCUGCUGCAACUGUAGCAAGAGGUGUCACUAGUUCCAGGCGUCUGCAGAAAGAUUUGAAACGGAAGAUGAUGGCCUCUCCGAACCAGACUGCCUGUAAUGCAGAGUCACCCGCAGCCCUGGAGGAGGCCAAGACCUCUGGUACCCCAGGGAGCCCCCAAACACCCUCUGAGCCUCAUGACUCUGGUGGUUCCCUGCCCCUGACACCCCAGAUGGAGAGCCACUCAGAGGAUGAAGAUCUUGCUGGGGCUGUUGGAGGCCUGGGCUGGAACAGUAGGAGUCACUGGACCCAGAGCUCAGGGGGCUGCUCAGCGGAGGCAGUACUGGCCCGGAAGAAACACCGUCGGCGGCCGUCAAAGCGCAGACGGCACUGGCGGCCCUACCUGGAGCUGAGCUGGGCUGAGAAACAACAGCGGGAUGAGAGGCAGAGCCAGAGGGCGUCCCGAGUCCGAGAGCAGAUGUUCGCCAAAGGCCAGCCCGUGGCCCCCUACAACACCACCCAGUUCCUGAUGAAUGACCGAGACCCAGAAGAGCCCAACUUGGAUGUGCCCCCUGGGGUCUCCCACCCAGGUUCCAGUGGGGAGAGUGAGGCCGGGGACAGUGAUGGGCGGGGCCGAGUGCACGGUGAGUUCCAGCAGAGGGACUUCUCUGAGGCUUAUGAGCGCUUCCGCACUGAGAGCCUGCAUGGCCGCAGCAAGCAGGAGCUGGUGCGAGACUACCUGGAGCUGGAGAAGCGGCUGUCGCAGGCCGAGGAGGAGACCAGGAGGCUGCAGCAGCUGCAGGCAUGCACGGGCCAGCAGUCCUGCCGCCAGGUGGAGGAGCUGGCCGCUGAGGUUGAGAGGCUCCGGACCGAGAACCAGAGGCUUCGGCAGGAGAACCAGAUGUGGAACCGAGAGGGCUGCCGCUGUGACGAAGAGCAGGGUACCUAGGGGUGCCCCUGAGCCUGGUGGACACAAGGAGAAGGUCUUAUUUCAUACACACUCAGGUCAGCUGGGUCUCAAGGAGGCAGGUGGCAGAUGAAAACCACCCUCAACACCCUGUGCCCCCUGAGAACAGCUAAAUCGAUUCAGACUCCCGCUUCACCAUUUUCACAGUUGGUUCUUCUGUGUCAGCUUACUUUUUACAGAGAAAUUAAAUGGUCUUGGUGGGACCAAAAAAAAAAAAAAAAAAAAAAGAAAUCAGAAUGUGAAUUAAGCAGGGAAAUUGACUCUAAAAAAUGCUGUGGAAGUGCUGAAUAGGAUUGACAGCUGUGGAAAAGAAAGCGCUAGAGACCAAAAAAGCAGGGCAGGGCGAGCAGGUGUGGUGGCUCAUGCCUAUAAUUCCAGCACUUUGGGGAGCCGAGGUUGGUGGAUUGGGAAGCCAAGGCAGGUGGAUCACUUAAGGUCAGGAGUGUGAGUCCAGCCUGGCCAAUAUGGUGAAAUCCUGUCUGUACCAAAAAUAUAAAAAAUUAGCCUGGUGUGGUGGCGUGGGCCUGUAAUCCCAGGUACUCUGGAGGCUGAGGCAGGAGAUGGCUUGAACUCAGGAGGUGGAGGUUGCAGUGAGCUGAGAUCAUGCCCCUGUACUCCAGCCUGGGUGACAGAGCAAGACUCCGUCUCAAAAAAAAAAAAAAAAAAAUGGGCAGGGCGGGAGCAACCCUGCCAGAUGCCAUCUGGCACCAUCAGGAACUGAUGCACCGAGGGAGGCUGACCUCAGGAGGAGCUGCAGGACUGAGGGGUCCCACUAUGGGCUCCAGUCUUAGACGAGGCAGAGGCUAAAGCAAGAGGUCAGACGAGUGGAGAGACCAUGGCUGCCCAUGCCUGCAAUGGACAAGGGAAUCUGCCGGGAAGCUCUGAGAUCAGAGUUAUCCGAGUUUGCAGGGACAGAGAGUGUGCGUGUCCUGGCCCAGCCAGCCUGUCUCAUUCUUCUGUACCUGCCAGCAACACGGACACCCACACCCUCCAGCCCCCCUGAGAUCCUAAGGGGAAAACUGACAUGGUGGGUGGUGGGCAGGGCAAGUGGACCUGUUCCAAGGACUCCAUCAUGCCGUCCUGCACAGCACAUGGACCUGCCAAUCAGACAGAGGACAGAUAACAGCAUGAUGUGGCCAAGAUGAGCUGGAAGAAGCCAUGGCAAUGAUUUUGGAAUGGGGCCAGGUAAUGUGCUGGGGAAAAAGUUUAGAUUUGGGUCACUGCUCUCUGUUCAUGGAAUAAUCACAGAGCACUUUCUAUGAUGCAUCUAGCCCUGAGGUAAACAGUGGAGAAACAGAUGGACCUUCGGGGCUGACGGUGUAGUGAGGGGUAAGGAAUAAAGAAGCAGACAAUAACA